CGCACCGGAAGUGCGGCGCCGUAGCUAGAGCGGACGCCAUAGGUGCAUCUUGGGAAGCACUUUAUUGUCCGCAGCCAAGCCUCUUGUGAUGAAACUGUAACUUACAAGAAAAGGGCUGGGUUUUGAAAAUGACACAGGCUCUAAAAACCCUGGAAGCAGUGCAACUUUUGGCAGGAAUCGGGGUUAGCGGGACCUCAACGGCUCACUGCGGCUACGUGAACGCUGACUGGUCCUCCAGCGUGAGCUAGAACAGACGUCUCUAUGGUCAAGUAAACAGAGAGCCGUGCUGUCUUCCCCGUGUGGUGGGGUUGCGCAUGAUCAGUAGCUGCAGCGCUGGAAAGAUGGCGGAGCAAGAGCAAAGAAAAAUCCCUUUGGUUCCAGAAAAUCUCCUGAAAAAGAGGAAGGCUUAUCAAGCCCUCAAAGCCACCCAGGCAAAGCAGGCACUUUUGGCAAAGAAGGAGCAGAAGAAAGGAAAAGGGCUCAGGUUUAAGCGACUGGAAUCAUUCCUACAUGAUUCCUGGCGGCAGAAACGUGACAAGGUGCGUCUCAGACGACUAGAAGUGAAACCUCAUGCCUUGGAAUUGCCAGAUAAACAUUCCUUGGCUUUUGUUGUACGCAUCGAAAGGAUUGAUGGCGUGAGUUUACUGGUGCAGAGAACCAUUGCAAGACUUCGCUUAAAGAAAAUUUUUAGUGGUGUCUUUGUAAAAGUCACCCCCCAGAAUCUAAAAAUGCUGCGUAUAGUGGAACCUUAUGUGACCUGGGGAUUUCCAAAUCUGAAGUCUGUCCGAGAACUCAUUUUGAAACGUGGACAAGCCAAGGUCAAGAAUAAGACCAUCCCUCUGACAGACAACACAGUGAUUGAGGAGCACCUGGGGAAGUUUGGCGUCAUUUGCUUGGAAGACGUCAUUCAUGAAAUUGCCUUCCCAGGGAAGCAUUUCCAGGAGAUCUCAUGGUUCUUGCGCCCUUUCCACCUCUCAGUGGCCCGUCAUGCUACCAAAAAUAGAGUGGGCUUCCUCAAGGAGAUGGGCACACCUGGCUAUCGGGGUGAACGCAUCAAUCAGCUCAUCCGCCAGCUGAACUAGACCCAGAUCAGUUUGGCUGCAAUUUUGGCUCCUUGGACCCUGAAGCAUAGCUGGUAAAUCAAGUUAGAGAUGUAACUGCCUUAAAACAUGCCAGCUUAGGCUGGGCACGGUGGCUCACAUCUGUAAUCCCAACACUUCAGGAGGCUGAGGCAGGCGGAUCACCUGAGGUCAGGAGUUCGAGACCAGCCUGACCAACAUGGAGAAAUUCUGUCUCUACUGAAGAUACAAAAUUAGCCGGGCGUGGUGGUGCAUGCCUGUAAUCCCAGCUACUUGGGAGGCUAAGGCAAGAGAAUUGCUUGAACCCAGGGAGGCGGAGGUUGCAGUGAGCCAAGAUCACGCCAUUGCACUCCAGCCUGGGCAACAAAAGCAAAACUCUCUCAAAAAAGUGCCAGCGCAUGAGGUAAUUAGAUCAGUUCUCUCCAGAGGUUACCUGCCAAGAAGAGAUGCUAUAGAUGUUCUUAUACUGUAAAACAUUGUGAAAUCAGACUUAAAAUGAUGUAUUACAAAGUUAUGGAAAAAAGCAGUUGUGACUAUGGAAGCCCAAGGCUUAUAUCCCAGCUCUGCCUUACACUAAAUAUGGGUACAGUGUUUCUACUCUGUCCAUAAAAUGGGAGCUAAUAUCCUCCAACCUGCGUGCCUGACAUGAUGGUUAAAAGGAUUAAGCAAAACAGUAUUUUGUAAUUUAUUCUGUCAGAGCAAACUGCUGGCAAGUAAAAGGCGAGUAAGUUGACUAAAAAUAAAUUAAAAAAAAAAUAAAAAUCCUAGCCGGGCGCGGUGGCUCACGCUUGUAAUCCCAGCACUUUGGGAGGCCGAGGCGGGUGGAUCACGAGGUCAGGAGAUCGAGACCACGGUGAAACCCCGUCUCUACUAAAAAUGCAAAAAAUUAGCCAGGCGUGGUGGCGGGUGCCUGUAGUCCCAGCUACUCGGAGAGGCUGAGGCAGGAGAAUGGCGUGAACCCAGGAGGCGGAGCUUGCAAUGAGCCGAGAUCGCGCCACUGCGCUCCAGCCUGGGCGACAGAGCAAGACUCCAUCUCAAAAAUAAAAUAAAAAUCCUAAUAAAACGUUUGUAAUUUAUAAUUGUAUACAAAUAAAAGAUGUUACAAAAA